CGUCACCCACGGCGUCUUAUCUACUGGGAACUAGCAGCUACCUUGGGCUCUAGGCUGGAGCUGCAUGAAGACAACAGAGCUAACGGAGCAUCCGAUGGAACAUUUGUUCGUAAGAGAACUUUCACUCAGGAUAUCCAGAUGAGGGCAAGUGACUCAAGGGAUGGUCUCUCACCAAAGGUGCUGUCUCCUGCAGAUACCUGGACAGAACAAUGCCUCAGCUGCAGCCUGCGUCUAACAGGACCUGCUAUGGUUGUGUCUCAUUACAAGUUCCAUCCUGAAUGCUUCUCAUGUUCUGGCUGCAAAGCAAUGAUUGGAGAGGGUGAAUCCUUUAGCCUUGUGCAGGGGACAGCAUUGUACUGUGGUCCAUGUCAAAAGCUGCUACUUUUACAGCCAAAGUUUGAGGGUCUUUGCAGUGAGUCGGCAAAGGAGCAGGAUCCUCACAUGUUAACUCUUCUGCGUUUCCCACCUCAAGCUGGAGGCAACAGGGGGUUCUCUGUGUCUGCAGAGAACAUGCAGGUCACACAGGUCAGCGCAGAAAAUCGGAACUUGCUAUACCAGGGAGACCGCAUUCUGGAGAUUAAUGGAUCCCCUGUUGGAACACUAAGCUCAAAUGAGGCUGACGAUUUGCUUUGCUCAACAAACCAGACCCUACAGCUUCUAGUAGAGCACAAUCCCCCAUCUAACUUACCAGUGGAUAAUGCUCCCCCGAAAUCUCCCUCUUUUCGCUCAACAGAGGGAAAGGGUAGCACCGAGGGCACCAUGAAACGCAGCUCCAUCCGGCGUAGUAAUAGCAACACCCGUUCCCCAGGAACCUGCUGUCCCAAAGAUCCUCGAUCUGUGUCACGGUCGGAGUCUCUGAGAUGUGGAGUUGGUGGAGUUCAGCAGAUUUUUCGUCCAUGUGAGCUAUUGCAUGGAGAGGAACUGGGGAAGGGUUUCUUUGGACGGGCCAUUAAGGUGACACACAGAGCAACUGGGAGGGUAAUGGUCAUGAAGGAAUUAAUACAAUUUGAUGAACAGACACAGAAAAGUUUCCUAACAGAAGUAAAGGUCAUGCGUUCUCUGGAUCACCCCAAUGUGUUGCGAUUUAUUGGGGUUCUCUACAAAGAUAGUAGAUUGAACCUAUUGACCGAGUUCAUAGAGUGUGGAACUUUGAAGGAUUACCUGCGAGCGGAUUACUGUCCCUGGCAACAGAAAGUCUCAUUUGCUAAGGAUAUUGCAUGUGGAAUGGCUUAUCUACAUUCUAUGAGCAUCAUCCACAGAGAUCUGAACUCUCACAACUGCCUCAUUAAACUGGAUGGGACAGCAGUAGUUGCAGACUUUGGGCUGUCCCGACUGAUUGUUGAGGAGAAGCUGCUGUCUCCACCAGAGCGCCCCCCCACCAAAAAAAGGACACUAGGCAAAAACAACCGCAAGAAACGUUACACAGUGGUUGGAAACCCCUACUGGAUGGCACCAGAGAUGUUAAAUGGAAAGGAUUAUGAUGAAACGGUGGACAUAUUUUCAUUUGGAAUUGUUCUGUGUGAGAUCAUAGGACAGGUAUAUGCUGAUCCAGACUGCCUUCCACGUACCUUAGACUUUGGGCUGAAUGUUCGGCUUUUCUGGGAAAAGUUUGUCCCCAAGGAUUGUCCUCCAGGAUUCUUCCCUCUGGCUACAGCCUGCUGCCACCUAGAACCUGACAGGAGACCUGAUUUCCCACACCUACACGAUGCACUUACUGCUCUUUCUCUAUUUGUGGGAGAGCUGGGGAUUCCUCUGCCCUCUGAGCUAGAGUACAUGGAGCAUAGUGUGCAGCUGCAAUAUGGCCUAACUCGAGAAUGCUCUAAACUUGAAGAGGGGGCCAGUGAGUGACGUGGACUUAUUAAAAACAGGAUGUGAUGUACGGAAGUCUCACAGCCUGCUUUGCUGCUGCAGGGAAUUCAUCUCUUCACCUCCUGCUUUCAUGUACAGGCAAUGGGUCAACAAAUAAUGUAUUUCUUUUUGUUCUCAGCCAAGCACUGUACACUAAAGUAGUCACACGAUUCUAAUGAAAGGUCAAAGACCUUAGACAAACUAAGACAAGACCCCCAUAAUCAUGAAUAAUAGUGGGGCAGAAUAAGGUAAACCUCAGAGUUUCUUUUUUAACUGCAACCAAGAGUUUGUUACUUGAAAAGUUAAGUAGCAAACUAUAUGUCUCCUAUUCCAUCUUAUUUGAUGCUCAUUUUAAGAAAAAAACUUUUUUGUUGAUUCAACGAUCACUAACAUCCUGUUUCAGUCAAGAAAGUUCCUACUUCCCAAUAUUAUGUACAUCCCAUAUCAUGCAGACUCCCAGCCGUUUCCUCUUGGGGGGCAGAGUUCAUUUUCUACCUCCUAUUUUACUGCAGAAGAACAGACCUUUUCUCUGUGGAGGUCAUGUGCAUUUAACCUGUGAAUUUUUGGUUUUAUAGCUUCGAUUUUGAGGCCAUUCAGCCUGUGAAUAUUCAUUAAUAAUCGUGACCACUAUUUAGCAUUACUGUUACAGAUAAAAUUGCUGCACAUUUUUUAUUUUUUUUGUUAAAACUGGAAUUUUUAUCAGGAGAUUUUUGGUGACAUUACUGUACUUUUUUUAUAUGACAAUGUGUGUUUAUAGUGGGCUUUUUGUCACACUUUUAUAAAAUAUUGAUGUAACUUUGCCUUUAAGGACAAUGACGGCGCUAUUAGCUACUAGUAGCAGGUACUUGUCACAGCUACAAAAAAAUACUUAUUGUCUUAUUGACAAUAUGUGUGUUUUAGCAGAGGCAAUUCUCAGUAUUGUCUAUGGCAGGGUAUUUUCUUGGCAUUUUGUAGAAACAAGUAGCUGCUAUUAGCAGCUCUGUGUGGCAUCGCCCUAAAAGCUUAGCAAAGGGAAAUACACCCUGGCAUAUAGCCAGGUAACCAGCAGAAUUUAAACAUUUCCCUUGUUUUACCUUUUCAUUUUUAGGUAAAAAAUUUUUUAGCGAUGGCAUAUAAAUUCUCAACAACCCUAUCCUCUUGCAUUGACAUGUGGAGUAAUGUACUGGUUGGAAAACAUUAAGGGUGAAGACACACAGAGUAGUGAUGUGUGGGUUGGGUUUUCACAGACAUGCACCCACCUUCCCUCCACCAGCACCUGACUUUCCCCUUCCUUUUAUAGCCCCGCCCCACUGAUGAUGUCACAAAAGCGUCGGGGCAACAGGUGCACAUCUAUAAAGCCAGAAGUGUAAGGUUGCGGGUGGCGAAAGUCUUCCGAAGAGCUCAACCCGAACCCACCCGACCCGUGGGUAUCGGGACGGAUCGCAUAUUACUAAAACAGAGCUACUAGUAGCAGGCGUGUGUGAUAGAUGUACUCAGACUUGCCUCUACUAAAACACACACAGGGGGUUAUUUAUUAAAAUCCAAAUGCCAAAAGCUCGAAAAA